AUGAGUGCUUUGAACUCUAGUUUAUUGCAAAACAUGUCAUUUGUGCAUCCUGAGUACUUCUACAUCAGUGGAUUUUCUGGAAUACCUUUUGUCAAAUAUUACUUUAUUGGUUUAAUUUUUAUCUAUAUCAUUGCUGUGUUUGGGAACUCAUUUGUAAUUUUCAUGAUAUGUUCUGACCGAAGUCUACACGUUCCUAAAUACAUAGGAAUCUUUAAUUUAGCUUUGGCAGACUUCGGGGAAACAAAUGCACUGAUUCCCAACCUAAUUAAGACCUUUCUUUUUGAUUCACAGUACAUAUCCUACGAGGCUUGUUUGGCAAACAUGUUUUUUGUUUUUUUCUUCAGCAGUGUACAAGCUUUAACCCUUGUUGUCCUGGCGUAUGAUCGUUUUAUCGCCAUUUGCUUACCCUUAAGAUAUCAUGCCAUUGUGAGUAACUCCAUCAUGUCAGUGGCUUUAUCCACAGUAUGGUCAUUUAGCACUGCUUUGAUUGGCACAACGGUGAUUUUGAUAACUCGACUUUCCUUUUGUAAAACUAACAUUGUAAAAAGCUAUUUUUGUGAUCAUGGACCAAUUUAUACAAUGGCUUGUAAUGACAACACCAUAAAUUCAGUUAUGGCAAAACUUUGUACUGCAUUAUUAGUCUAUGCACCUUUGAUUGCCAUAGUUGGAUCGUAUUUAGGCAUUUUGCUGGCAUUAAGUAGGAUUACAACAUGGGCAGGACGGCUUAAAGCCCUGAAAACUUGUGUCUCUCAUCUAUUAGUAGUAGGAAUAUUUUUCCUCCCCUUUUUAGGCACAUAUAUUGCUGCCGUAACUUUUUCUCUCCAUCCCAAUGCUAGGAUAAUCAGUACUUCACUAUCGAGUGCCAUUCCACCCAUGCUAAAUCCCAUCAUUUAUGUUCUAAAUACAAAGGAAUUCAAAGACUUUGUACUGAAAAUGCUCAAAAAGAGAUCCAGUGUAAUGGUUCAGGCUUCAGCAAAGUGA